AUGAAAUGUUUAGCAUUAGGAGCAUACAUAUGUGUUGCAUACAUAGAAGAAUGUACUUCUUACCCUACUGAAAAAAAGAAAGAGCAAAGUGUUAAAGAUGUAAUAAAGAGGUUGAAUUCCUCAGUGGGUAAGAGCACUAGAUAUAAAGAAAAAAAAGUACAAGAGAACAUAUUUUUAAAUCCAUCUUAUGCUACUCUAAAAAAGUUCUUAAUAACAGAAGCUCCAUUACGUGAUUCAUUAGCCAUAGUAAAUGGCCUGGACACAUCUGAAGUUAUUUUCUUUACAAAAGGCAUAACAGAAAAAUAUGAUUUUUUUGAUGAUAUUGAUAAACUGCAGUUCAAUGAUGAUGAAACAAAGAAGAAAAGUUAUUAUCUUGAAGUGUCUUUUGAAGAGAUUCCAAAUAAUGUAAACUAUCACGUUUAUUUUAGUCCCAUAUCUAAGAAUUCAAGGAAAGAAAUAAUAGAUGAAGAAAAGAAUAAGAACAUUGUGGCAAAAGUAUGGGAUAAAGCAAUCUUUUUCUACUAUAAAAAUGGCAAUAUAAACAUGAUUUCUAGUUCAGAGAAGAACAAGAAUAAGACUCUAAAAGCAGGGAAGAAGAUGAUCCGCAGUCUAAUAGACAAGAUAGCCUUUGAUACGAAGCCAAAACCAGAGAAUAAUGAUAUUUGGACUCGGCUUAAGAAUAGUAAAAUUAAUAUAUUUGGUAAAAAUAAAAUAAAAAAGCAUAAAAAGCCAGGAAAAGAAUCUGAGAAAGCAGAGAGUGAGGAUGCUACUGACCAAAAUUUAAACGAUGGCCCUGUUCUAGAAAAUGCGAAUCCUUCAACGGCUAGUAGUAAAAUAUUAGAUGACAACAUUGAUAAUAGUUCUAACAGUGAUAAACUGUCAGAUAGCCAAAAUAUUAGUGAUGGCGAUGUUAAAUUUACCACCAAUCCUAUACAUAGCAGCCCUUCUAAUAGCCCUACUCAGAAGAUAAAGGUACAAACCUCUUAUACUGAUGCAGACCAAAUUCCGAUAUCUGUUCUUCGUAUUAGAGCCGCGAGAAUGAUGGCAUUCAAUCUGGCCACCAAAGACUUAGAUAAGGAUACAAGAGUAUAUAUAAGAGAAAAUUACAAACGCUUGGUGGAAGAAUUUGUAGAAAAUUGCAUAAAAAAAAGAAUAAAAGAUGACGAGAAAAGAGAGAAUAAAAAGAUUGCAUCUAGAGUUCAAAGAAGAGAAUAUGAAUUAAUGAGGGAACACAGUGAGAGAGGCAUGUAG